CAUUAUCUGUGUCACUUCUUUUCCCCAAGCCCAGCCCCACAGCCAGGAAAGGGGAGCUGAUGUAAAAACUCUGGGAAGGCCUGGGGCUUGCAGGGCCAGACUGAGCUCCAGCUGAUCUCAGCGCACACCAACAGACCCCACAGCUGCUCUAGGAGCCCAGACACCAGCAGCCAGAGAGAAGACCCAGGAGCUGCCUGCAGCCAUGUCAGCCCUCAGCCUGGUCAUUCUGGGCCUGCUCACGGCGGUGCCACCUGCCAGCUGUCAACAAGGCCUGGGGAACCUGCAGCCCUGGAUGCAGGGCCUUAUCGCUGUGGCCGUGUUCCUGGUCCUUGUCGCAAUUGCCUUUGCUGUCAACCACUUCUGGUGCCAAGAGGAGCCGGAGCCCCAGAACUCAGUCAUGCCCAUUGGAAACAAGGCAGACGGGAUCCUGGUAGGAAUGGAGGGAAAGUACUCCUCAACGGCGGCCAGCUUCAGGUCUGACGAGCAUGACAACGCCUAUGGGAAUGUCCCUUCAGAGGAGGGCAGGGUCCGGAGCACCCCCAUGUGAUCCCACUUGCCUGUGGCCACCAGCACCAAUCCUGGGCACCUGUAAUCAAUGCCCCUCCUCUGAGCAGGAAUCUACAGUAACAGACGGACUCCUUCAACCCUACCCUGCCUUAAAUUGUCCCAGCCAAUGUCAGAACUCAGACUGUGUCUAGAUUAGGGCUAGCUGUGGCCCUGGGGUCUCCUGGUGGGGGGCGGGUCUCCUGCUCAGUUCAGUUUAGUAGGCUCUUCUGAAGGAGACAGCUUAGUACCUCCCAUCCUGCCUCACAUUUCUUCCCAUCACAGUGAA